AUGCCAUCCCUCCGCUGCAUAUUUGCCAGGGGCUCCCCGCUCUUCCUGUACGGCUCGACAGGCCUGGCCUUUGCUUCCAUGGCUUCUGCUUCAACUUGCCUGGACAAUUGCAAAACUGGACACUCUGAAUCAAUUCCUAGCCAUCGUCAGUCGCAAGAUAAAAAAUCCAUGAUGUUCGUGCGAGACGCAGAUGAGUUUGCUCGAAAAUGGAAGAAAUUUUCCACCGAUCGACUGGAUAAACUGGUGGUUAUUGCAGACUUUGACUACACUCUUACUCCUGCCUUUAAGAAACCCUCAGAUGACCAAGCAGCUAGUACACAUGGUAUUUUGAUGCAAAGCAAGGCAUUUGGUCCUCAAGCAGAGACUCUUUCACGCGAGAUUUUUGAAAAGUAUUACCCGAUCGAACAGUCUGCUACAAUGACAAAACAAGAAAAGCUACCAUUCAUGAUCGAGUGGUGGACAAAAACGCACGAGCUUAUCAUCAAGCAUGGUGUCUCGAGGAUUGAUAUACGUAAGGCAGUAGAGGAGAGCGACAUUACGCUUCGGGAAGGUUUUAUGGAGAUUUUUGAGCUGUUGGCGCGAGAGAAUGUGCCAACGCUUAUUUUCUCCGCAGGACUUUACGACGUCAUCCACGCCGUGCUGAACAAGGAGUACGCCAAAACUCCAGCCAAGGUACCUCCAGGAAACGUGCACGUUGUUUCGAACAUGAUGCGUUUUGACGAAAACGACAAGGUUGUGGGAUUUGAUGGAACGCUUAUCCACAGCUUGAACAAGAACGCAAGUGCGCUAAUUGAUACCGAUUUCUGGAAGCAAUGUCAACUAGAGAAACGUCAUAACAUUGUGCUCUUGGGAGAUUCACUAGGCGAUUCUGAUAUGGCCAACGGAUUGGAUUUCAAAGAGGACGAAAUUGUGCGCAUUGGCUUUUUGAACGAUGGUGUGGAGGAAAAACUAGAUCUGUACCUGCAGCGCUUCAACGUUGUGCUUACAAAUGACUCAAGCUUGUUACCUGUCGAGCUACUGUUACAUCAAAUCCAGCUGUAG